CAACAUCCUACACUGACAGGCGCUUCUGCCAACUUUUGGCCAAUUUGAUAAAAUGGGAGGGGUUGAGAGCAGCCCUGGCGGGGCGGAAGACGGCCAAAGCGGGCACAAGGAGGUGGAACGUGGAGAGGGGCUUACGAAGCACCCGCCCAGUCCGGAUAAACCAAAGGUCCAGUUGACCCAUGAGAAGCCCAGCGUUGAGGACUCGGUGGCUGCAAAAAUAGUUGAGCAGGGGGAAGAAAUCCUCAUUCAGGGUUUCAACUGGGAGUCCCACCACCGUAACUGGUACCAGACGCUGCUCGAGAAGGUGCCAGAGCUGAAGGCUGCCGGCUUCACUGGCAUCUGGUUGCCUCCAGCCUCAGACAGCCUUGCACCGCAGGGCUACCUUCCAAAAGACUUGUACUGCCUCAAUUCCGCCUACGGCUCCUCCGACCAAUUGCGCCACCUUCUCCGCACCCUGAAAGCUGCCGGCAUACGGCCAAUAGCAGAUAUUGUUAUCAACCACCGGAUUGGUUCCGCCCAGGGGAACGGAGGGCAAUGGAACCGGUACGAAGGCAUGAGGAUGGCUUGGGACGAGACCGCAGUCACCUCGGACAGCUACGGGGGGCUGGGUAACCCCGGGACGGGAGAGACUUUCGAGGGCGCCCCGAACAUCGACCACAGUCAGGAGCACGUGCAGCAGGACAUCACUGAGUGGCUGCGCUGGCUCAAGGACGACGUCGGCUUCUCGGGGUUCCGCUUCGACUAUGCCAAAGGGUACAGUCCCGAUUUCGUGAAGAAGUACAUCGAGGCCGUGCGCCCCGAUUUCGCCGUGGGCGAGUACUGGGAUGCCUGUAGCUACGGCCCCGAGCCGGAGAGCGUGCUGGAGGCCAACCAAGAGGAGCACCGGCAAAGGAUAGUCGACUGGAUAGACGGAACAGGAGGACUGGCUUCCGCGUUCGAUUUCACGACCAAGGGGGUGCUGCAGGAAGCGGUCAGCAAAUCUGAGUACUGGCGGCUGAAAGACGACCAAGGCCGGCCGCCUGGCGUCAUUGGGCUGUGGCCCGCGAGAGCAGUGUCGUUCGUCGAGAACCAUGACACGGGCUCCACGCAGAACCACUGGCCAUUUCCCAAGGACGAAGUGUUGCAAGGGUACGCGUACAUUCUCACGCACCCGGGAGUGCCCACGGUCUUCUACGACCACUAUUUCGAAUGGGGGGGCGAGAUGAAAGCUGCGCUUUCGCGUUUGAUACAAAUACGACGACAGCAGCACAUCACAAGUCAAAGCACGGUUCAUAUUCUAGAAGCGGCAUCUGUUUAUGUUGCCGAAGUAGAUGACUGUACAUUGAUGAAGCUUGGAAAAGAGGAUUGGGCACCUCCAGAUAAUCAGAAAUGGUGUUGGGUACACUCAGGAAGAAACUACUCAAUCUGGACGAGAGAGAAAAAGCCGCCCUGAUCUGUCACCCAAUGCUAAGGCCUCUACUUCUGCUCGUGGUGUUUGGGUUUCUCCU